AUGGUGGAAAAGAAACAUUUCUGUUAUUAAAUAGAACACCAACACCAAUAAUUAAAUGAUAAAAUAAACCUCCAUUCACUUAAUGGUUUAUCUACUACUUUGGGACAUGGGGUUACAUCUGUCAGUAAGAAGAUUGAAACAGAUGAAGAGACAGUUAAAGGUUGCCCUGCUUUUUAGAACUUUCUACAUUUUCCAAAAUGUAGCUGAGCUGAACAGUGGGACAGCUGGUUCUUAUACAGCGCUUUUCUACUAUGAAGCACUAAGAGUAGCUUCAUACAAGUUAUCUCAUUCACACCCAUCCAUAUAAGUCCUUUCUAUCUCGCAUUCAUACACAUUCAUACAGCAGACAGCAAUUGGGUUAGUAUCCUUCCAAAGGCUAUUUGGUAAGGAGUAGCCAGCGACCUGCUCCACCUCCUGAUCUACAGCCAUCAUCAGCUCUGUUACGUGUUCUGAGAGUAAUCUCAUACAUUCAGCUUACUCUUUAUCUUGACAUUUUCCAGAUUUGGCAUUUAUCAUUCGGUGGCAGCACGUCUAUAUUCCUCAUUUGUGAUGUUUGAUCAUCGAUUUUCUGAUAAAACAUGUUUGGAAAGACAAAAAUAUCUUUACCACCGUAACAACAUACUGUCAUUUAUUUUAGCUUUAAUCUCCUCCUUGUAACACAUUUAAAUGUGGAUUUAUUGAGUUUUUUCUUUGAAAUAUUCUGUUUAAAUAACGUUCUUCCUUAGUGUCAUUUUUUAAGACAUUUGUUCUGUGAUAUAUUUAUUUUAUUCAGCCAAGUUGUUUUUCAUAUUUUAGCUGCUGUAACACGGUCAAUUUCCAGCUUUCAGGACAAAUGAAGCUUUUAUUUUAUGUUCAUUAAAGUAACUUAAAAUGCUUUCUACGUAUUUUAUUUUAGGCUGCCGAGUUGUCAAACAUCUCCAUGGCUGAUAUUUACCCAACUUCAGCGUGACGCUUGCCUUGUUAUUUUUAAAGGUCCUUUUUGUAAAUACCCUCUCCAAAUUUCCACUAAAACUCUCACCAUCAAGGGGUAGUAUUACCAGUGAGUAUGCAGAAAAAGCUUCUGUUCUUUUAACUUUUGAUAUUUCUUUUUAACUAGGCUACUCCCAUUUCCUCAAGAGCCUUCGCCUAUUUUCCAUUUGUUUAUGUCUUAUUAGUACCUUUACACAUUUCACCAGUAAAACCCGAGAAAUUUUGCUCCAACUGAUUUGCAUUCAGGCAUGUGUAAGUAAAAAACCCCCCACCAACAUCUGGGUUCAUCCUGGAAAACUGGAUCUAAAACGCUGUUCUUGUUAAUAAUAAGAACUAAUCUGCAGUGUGAACUAAAACAUGCAAACCUUUCACAGAACAGUCUCACACUUCUCUGGAGCUCAUCUCAGUUAUUCUGGGGAACCAUAAAUUGAAUUGCGUUUAUUCCUCAGCUUUGUCUGUGGUGCUCCGCUGUCAGCCUGCAGUGAUUGAUGGGACACAUCCCGCCUCCCGUGGCCGGGGACCCUGUCCGGUCAUAAGUCACCUCACAGGUAUGAUGUUCAGUCCUGCGCCGCCUCUCCGUGACCCUGGCGCGGAGAUGAUGUAUAGUGUGUGUGGCCUCUUCCACAGCUAUUUGUUUGCGGCGUAUGGGAGCUCAAAGCUUUCGCACGCCUUGUGCACUACAUGAUCCUAUUGGACGAGCGGGGCAGUGGAUAUUGCAAAUGAUGAUGGAGAGAGAGAGCGGGGUGGAGAGGGAGAGGGAGAGGGAGGGAGGUGGAGAGCUCCUGUCUUUCCAACGGCAGACACGCAGCGCUCCUUGAGACUCCAGAUGCCUUUACAGAAUACGCGCCGCUGUUUGCUGUGCGAGUUGCCUCUCCUGUCUUAAAUCGAUCGUUGUGUUAUCGAAAACCAGAAGAUUAUGGGGAUCGCGUACAAUGCGGGAACACGUGGAAAGCUUAUGAGACGAGCGGCUGCGCGCCCGUCCUCAUUGUGAUGGAGGAGCGCGGUGGUGCAUCGUUGGGGAUGAGUGAGAGGUGCGGAGGAGAUAAUCAACGAAGACACUGAGAGCUCCUGUGCGUUUGGACAAGGUCAUCGGAGCCCAGCCUUGGCAGGAUUAUGUCCAUGUGGAGGCGGCAAGGGCGGACUUUUAUGCUUCCUCUCCGGGGACGAGGUUACCUGGGGGUGUCCCCUGAAAACCAAGAGUUUCUCUCCUUGCGUUGGCUCACAGAGGCGGCGAAGAGCCCAUCUAUUGGUGGCUGAGCUGUAUUUUUGACCAUCUGCGUGUCUUGGAGAUAAAAGUUUCCCCGCUCUGCUCGACGAGUGGGUGCUCUAUUCUCCCACCGACUCUUCUAUUGAACGCAGCUGAAGCCAGUUAAGGUGAUUUAGUGGGUGCUGGUUAAAGGGGCAGCGGCGGCGGGUGGGCUGAAUUCCACCAGAGAAACAGCAAGAAAAAAAAAAGACAAAAUAAAUAAUUUUUUUGUAAAAGCGGCGGCCAGCUGUGUUUCUGGACUACCACAUCUGCCGUUGUUGUCGCCGCUGUCCAUGGUGCUGAACUCGGGCUCCAGGAAUGGUGGAGACGCUGAGUAUCGCAGUGAUCGGUGCUCCCGGAGUGGGGAAAACUUCUAUAAUCCGCCAGUUCAUCUAUAACGACUUCUCGGAGGUGUACACGCCGACCAGGACCAGAUAUGUGUACAGACCCUCCGUCAUACUGAACGGGAACAUGUACGAGCUGAAGAUUUUGGACGUCCCGCCGAUCUCCUCUUUUCCAUCAAGCUCCAGUCAGGAAUGGCUGGAUUUGCGCUGCAGAGGUGUUCGUAAUGCAAACGCAUACAUCCUGGUGUAUGACAUCUGCUGCGUGGAGAGCUUUGAAUACGUCAAAAUGAUCCGACAGCAGAUAGUAGAGAACAGGGAAGGUAGCAGCAGCGAGGUGCCAAUCCUGGUGGUGGGUAACAAGAGAGAUCUGCAGCGUCAGCGCUUCAUGCCUCGCAGGGCCGUGUCGGUUCUGGUGAAGAAGACAUGGAAGUGCGGUUAUGUGGAGUGCUCUGCCAAGUUUAACUGGCACGUAGUCCUGCUCUUCAAAGAGCUGCUGGGGAUUGCUGUGGCACGGGGGAUGCGCCAGAACCACACCUCCAUUCGGUUGCAGGGGGCGCUACAGAGGAAUCGCUGCACCAUCAUGUGACCCUCAGAGCUCCCUCCACCCCUGCCAACUCAGGAGUGGAGCGGCAGCGGAGAGAAGGACUUUCUAUCAAAAUGGCUGGGAAAAAUAACCCCGUGGCCUCCUGCUUUACUGAGCUGAUUUUUCUUAAUGAGGUUUAUUAGACUAGUGCGCUGUAAAAGACACUCAAAUUACACACAUGGUCAUCCAACCACUUCCUAGUCAACUGUGUAGAAACAAGCAAGGAAAUGGGAAAAAGAAAGCAGGUGACAAACAAUACAAAAAGCAUAGCACAGAUAUGUUUCUCACAUCAGCUGGACAGGUCAACAUUUCAGGCUGCGCUUCCCAAUAUGAAAGGUCUGUCGCUGGGCCUGACAGGGCGGAAGCCGUGUUUAUGAGAGUCAAAGCGGACAGGCAGCAAUAUCAUCCAGUCUUCCUUUUGAAUUUGCCACACUCUGUAAGGUCAAAAGCAGAAGCUCACAUCUAACAUCACUGGAUUUAUUUGGGAUUUGUGCACGAGAC